GGUGUUGUUUGUUGAACGGUUGGCAGACCAUGUUUAGUCGGUGAAUACAAGACUUUGGUUACAAGACUAGUCAAUUUAGCACCAAUCAUUUCAUGACACUUUAUUGUCCUGUUUAGUGUUUUACGUGAAUACGCUGCAGUUUCCCAUGAGCACUCCAACACUCAACUUGUCUGUAUCGUACAGAGCCAAAACCAUCCUUCUUCAAAACAUUGACCCACACACUUCAACCAUUGAUUCAAUCAAAUGUCAGAUAGUUGAUUCUCCACAAACCCAUCGACUAGUAUACAAGGGAAAAUCCCUUUUUCCCGACUCGUCUUUUCUUAUCGACCACAUUGUACCGCCUACUUCUCAAUCCAAAGAGCUUAAACUUAUGUUGUUGGGCUCAUCUGCUUUAGAGAUUGAUGCUGUUCAUAAGCAUGAUACCAAUCACUCGAUUCGAGUUCAGCAAAAUGCUCGAGCAGUGUUGGCCCGUCCAAAGCUCCAACCACCUCCAACCUAUUGCAAUACUAUUCGAGUCUUGGAUGAAUUUAGUGAUAAACACCUGGCUAUGCAACUGUUGGAUCGACUAAGACGGGAUUGGGGUGUAUGUACCGUUAUGCAUAAGCGAGGUUGGACUGUGGGUGUAUUGAUGGAGCUUCAUCCAAACGAACGUGCAAUUUUGGGAUACAAUCGCAACAAGGGUCAGUCUAUUGCUCUUAGACUACGUACAAACGAUCUGGAUGGAUUCAGACACUACAGCACCAUCCAAGACACGUUUAUCCAUGAACUGGCUCACAUGACCCAUACAGAUCACGACUCCAACUUUCAUGCUCUCAAUCGCCAACUCAAGAAGGAGAUUGAUGCCAUCAAUCAUGGAAACAAGGUGGGCGGUAACAGAAUGAAUACAUACAACGGCCCAUCAGAUCCCAAACUGGGAGACACGGCAUCGGGUCAGAGAUUUGAAGGAGGUACACAUGUUCUCGGUGGUGGACAACUAGCUGCAGCAAUACCUACUGGAAAUGCUGACAAUCGAGUGUCCAGAAAAGUUUUGGAGACAGCAGCUACACUCAGAUUGACUGAACAAGAAAAGGAAAUCACCGAGGGAUGCAAUACCCAACUAGAAUAACUAUUACAACUCUGUCAACAAGACGCAAUCUCACAAACCCAACACUUUGAAAUAAACACUAAAUAAU